CCCCACCCUUCUUCUUGAGCUGGUUACAGCCCUCCUGAGCUGACCGUGUGUGCCUCAUUGUUCAUAAGGCAGCACUGCAGCACUUGCAAAGAGACAGACCCACCCCAGAUCUCUUGACUGCCUCACAUUCUCUUUUCUCUUCCAUCCUGUGGCAUCCUCCAGAUCUCUCCACCAGCAGCUACCAUGGCUAGCACUAUGUCAGUUCACGCUCAGCCUCAGAUGUCAGGAAAGGAUAUGAACUCCAACAGAAUUGUGGAAGCUUACAAGGAGAAAAUUAAGGAGAUGUCCAUGCUGUCUCUGAUCUGCUCCUGUUUCUACACCCAGCCACAUCCCAACAGCAUCUACCAGUAUGGUGAUAUGGAAGUCAAACCGAUUAACAAGAGGGCCUCUGGCCAGUCCUACGAGGUGAUACUGAAGGCCCCAGCUGACCUGUCUCCAGACCGCCCCCAGCCCCUCUCCUCCCCACCCAAGAAGAAGGAUAUGUCCCUGGAUGAUCUGCAGAAGAGGCUAGAGGCUGCAGAGGAAAGGAGGAAGUCCCAGGAAGCUCAGGUGCUGAAGCAGCUGGCUGAGAAGCGUGAGCACGAGCGAGAGGUUCUGCACAAGGCCCUGGAGGAGAACAACAACUUCAGCAGAAUGGCCGAGGAGAAACUCAACUACAAGAUGGAGGUCAACAAGGAGAACCGGGAGGCCCACCUAAAUGCUCUCAAGCAGCGACUCCGUGAAAAGGAAAGACAUGCAGCUGAGGUCCGCCGAAACAAGGAACUGCAUGCUGACCUUUCCGGAUGAAGACAUUUUCUACAACUUUAUCAAGAAAUUCCACAUCUCAAGAGUUUUGGCUAGGAAAAAAAAAAACUGCAACUUUUUUUAAUAUUUCUGUAUCCAAGCACCUGCAUUGUUCUCCAUCUACAAUAAUAUGAUUAGAAACAAUUUACGAUUAGAAUAUUACUGCUAGUCUAUCCAUAGCUUAUUGCUCUGUAUUCUGCUUAUGAACAUUUUCCUAAACUAAUGUUGAUUUAUUAGUUCAACCUUUAGGUUUUUAUUAUUAAGGAGGUGGUUUUGAAGUGCACAUUACAAAUAUUAUAUAUA